AUGGACGUCUUCAAGAAGGGCUUCUCCAUCGCCAAGGAGGGCGUGGUGGGGGCCGUGGAGAAGACCAAGCAGGGGGUGACGGAGGCGGCUGAGAAGACCAAGGAGGGGGUCAUGUAUGUGGGAGCCAAGACCAAGGAGGGUGUGGUGCAGAGCGUGACCUCAGUGGCUGAGAAGACCAAGGAGCAGGCCAACGCCGUGAGCGAAGCGGUGGUCAGCAGCGUCAACACCGUGGCCACCAAGACGGUGGAGGAGGCGGAGAACAUCGCCGUCACCUCGGGAGUGGUGCGCAAGGAGGAGCUGAAGCCGCCGGCCCCGCCCCAGGAUGAGGCAGCCGAAGAGGAAGCAGCGGAGGAGGCCAAGAGUUGGGAAGACUAG